UACGCAUGUUUUUUUCUAUUCUAAAAACAAUUCAUCUGGAUUUAAAUCUACGAGAUAAUAUUCUCUGCGUUUCCUCGCGACUUUCUGGCGAAAAAUCGAAAUGAAAUUAACAAAAAAAAACACACAAACAAAUCUUAGCAGUGACAUUCGUCUGUAUAUCUUUAAAAAGAAAAUACAUUAUUUAUUGAUGUUGUAAAUAAUAAAAAAAAUAAAAUGGAUUCAAGUAAAGAUUGAAGAAAAAAUCGUUAAAACAAACUGUUUUUCUGUCAAUUUAAUGCAUGUCCCGUUUACUACUUAAUUUUCAUUUUCACCACUUCGAAAUUAUUUACGUUAUACACUGUUAUACCCAACCACCUUAUACCCAAACACCAUGAAAUUUCCAUACAACAAUAUUUAUCAUAAAUAUAUAAUUAUAAUCUCAAUGAAGCUAUGUGCAGAGAAAGAGACUUCGGAUGUGCUUCUGCGAUCAUGGCUUGUCGCAAAACUAUCUCUGGCAACACAACUUCUACUACUGUCUAUGUCAUUGUUGUGCAUAUAAUAUAUGUGUGUAUACAUGUGCAUCGCUGUUGCUCUAAUUUAUUGUUCACGUACACUAUAUCACUGUUGUUUCUCGAUGCUUCUAGACUCUGCGCUUUUCUUCUGCUGCUGCUACGAUAUAUAAGUUAAUAUACGUGUGUAACGUAACAAAUAUAAUAAUACAUCAAGUACAGACUACAAAUUACUCGUGAGUAUGGUUGUUGCAAGAAAAAAGCACUGAAGAACUGUGCAUUUAUUGAAAUGAUACGACAAACCCACUCACAAAUUGGUACAGUUAUAAUUUUUAUUUUCAAGUAUACUUGAAAAAAUAUCGGAUGCAGAUAUAAUAAUGACUCCGAAGAAACGAGCGAGCUUACGCGUUGAAUCCUUUUUUUAACGAUAACAAACUAUUUUUGAUUUCCAUCGAUUCUUUGGAAAAUAUUUUCGUACAUUAGCAUAAUCCAAAGGAAGCAAUUACAUUUUUUAUGAAACUCGCCACGAUGGUGUAUAAAGUGAGAUAUUACACGACCACCGACAUGAGAAUCAAUCGAAGUAUGCCUCGUAAUGAAAAUAAAUAUCCAUGAAUUUAAUCAUCGUUAAAAUGAUAGUUUUUACUACUUGUAAAAGUUGCAAUGGCUUACAGAAACAUAUUUUCUGAUUUGAAGUUUAAAAACGUUUUUAUGGAAAUGAAAAAGUUGCGACGAACGCUGAGACUCGUCACCCCAACAAUCCUGUUAUUGCUGAUUUCCAUCGGCUUUCGCUUUUAUUCACGAUUAUCUAAACAAGACAACCACAUCGAAACAACGACGCUACAAAUUGAAGUUAUAAGAUUAAAUUAACUAGUUGAUAAAAAUAUUUUAUUCAUAAAGCGUAGUUGAAAACUACUUUUAACCUUUUAUCCUACCGCUGUUAAGUAAAUAUAUUGAUUGAUUUUAAUUUCUUUCUUGAAAAAAAAAGCGUAAAAUGGAGGAAUGUGAAUAUCUUAGAAUGUCAAAAGAUGAUGUGCUUUGAGGUUUAUCGGCAACGAGAUUCAUUUUUUAAUUAAAAUUAAUCACGAUAGUUGUUUGCAAAAAAAACAUAAAACAAAAAGCAAUAUCAUUGAUGCCUAUACAUAUAGGGACAGUCCUAAAUUUUUUUACCCCAAUGAAGUAAAAAAAUAAAUAAAACUUGGAAGGCAGCGUUCAACGUUACAAAAUUCGACAGAUUAGCACAUGAUGAAAGAUCCAUACCCAAAUACAAUUAGAUCUGGAUUUGGAAUGAUCUUUGACACCAAUUAUAAAAAGCAAGAAAGUUUAAUCCCAAAAUAAAAAAGUAAAUCACCUUAUUUCCUUCGAUUACUUUAAAAAUAACACAGGUGCGUACUACAUGCAACAUUCACAUACUGUUCACGACUAAAUUUUACGAAAUCGUUGAACGACAUAUAGAUUUUUAAAAAGUCGAUGAUUGUUAGAUAUGUAUAGAAAAAAUGUAAAUUUAAAUUCUUCAAAGAAAACUAAAAAAAAACUGACGAUAUACAGCCCACUCGACGACGCGCUCGGAUUGUCAAUAAAAAAAAAUAUAGAACUUUCAAUGUGUCGAAACGUGCUUGAUCGACUAACAGUUUGUUGCUUCAGAAAACAGGUAAUCAAAUAUUUAGCAUUUUUCAACGUGGCAUUUUCGAGACCCAAAUUGUGAUUUAGUAAUAGUUAACGUAAAUAUACUAUGAAUAUGUCUUUUAAAAAUUAUAUUAAUUACUCUGAUCGUUAAAAAGGCAGAUCGAAUGAAAAACGAAGCAGCAAAUGUCUUGGCGUUGUUUACCUCGUAGUUAAAACUUUUUAAUGCUAAACGUAUUGUAAGCACUAUUGUAAUAUUAAUUGACAUCAAUAAGAGUGCAUUUAAAGGUUUAGUUUAUGCAAUAUACGCAAAAUACAUACGUUUAUGAUAUUUAGUUAAUAUCUCUGUAAAAAAUAAAAUAAAAAAAUCAAUGAUGUUAUUAAAUAUUUCACAAUUAAUUAUAAAUGUUCCCAAUCCUGUUUUUGUAGUUCGCUCAACUACGUUCGGUAUUGGAAAAAAAACCAUAACAACAACAAAUGAUUGUAAUACCAUUGAGCUCGCGACUUAUAUCUGUGCAGUGCCGAACGAAGCUCUGCUGAGCUUGCGAAAAGUUUAGUGCUUAUAUAAUGAGCGGAAAGGCAGAAAGGGUAGCAGUUCGCAAUUGUGCGACAGCGUUGCUGCUGGCCCUAUUCACAGCUACGGCAACAACGACGGCGGGAGCAGCCGCAACAGCCGUUACAGAGGAGCUGACACUGAACGUGAACGUCAAGAAACCGCUCGCGGUUGUUAGCGACAAGUUCUUGAGCAUAACUUUGGAUCCUCUAGUACUGCUCAAUGCCGAUACUCUUGGCGACGUCGAAAAGAGCACGAAUUUGGCGCAAGCUCUGGCACCGGCCUACGUGCGAAUCGCAGGACCACGCAGCAACUUGCACGUUUUCCAGGGCAACGCGGGGUACCAACAGGACAAGCUUCCGAGCUCGAGUUUCAAAUUCACAGACAAACAGUGGACCAGCGUAAACGAGUGGGCGAAAAAAUCCGGCCUCGAACUGAUAGCCAGCGUGGCACCUUUGCAGCCCGAUGCAACCAAGGCCACGGCCUGGGAUUCGCGCAACGCCCUCGAGCUCAUAGCUUACAGCGAUCGCAUGAACUACAAUACCAGCUGGCAAGUUGGCUACGAAUGCGAGGAACGCUGCGAUAUGAGCGGCGGCGAGCUCGGUCGUUACGUGCAACGUCUUCGCAGCAUGCUCGACGCCUUCCCGAGAUACGCGGCCGGGUCCGUUGUCGCGGGCCCCGACAUAGUCGCCUACAAGACGCGUCAGCAGCAACAGUUCCUGCAGGACUUUUUCUCCGUGGCGGCCAACGCUCUCAACGUCGUCACUUGGCAUCCGGAAUUCGCGGGAGUCAGCAUAGAUUCCGACGGCGUGUCGAUGCACCACGACAAUCUAGCCGCCGACAAGGACAGCUUGUAUCGAUUUUUGGGGCGGCACCUGCUUAAAAAGCCCCUCUGGAUUGCCGAAUCUCGCCCGGAAGACUGUAAGAAACAGUUCCUCGGUGCACUCGUGUGGACGAGACGUUUGGGUAAUGCAGCCAAGUCGGGAGUACAAGUCAUCAUGAGACAACCCGAAGAUUCGGAUUUAUUUAAAACAUCCCCAGAUUAUUGGGUAUCGGUACUACAUAAAAAAUUAGUUGGACCAGAAGUACUCGAUGCAAAAAUUACUUCUGGUAAUAAGACUCACGUGCAUUUUUAUUGUCAGUGCACAAAAGCCUCCGAUAGAUACGAGAGAGGCUCUCUCACGAUAUUUGGCAUUAAUUUGACACCCACUAAAGUCACAGUCAAUCUCAAAGGAUUCAAGCCGAAACUCGUUCAUAAAUAUAUUUUAUUGCCUGGCUACGAGGCCGAAAAUAGGAUGUUUGUCGAAUCUGUGCUUUUAAACAACGAGCCAUUGAAUCUCGUCGAAGGAAAAAGAUUACCCAAUUUUCAACCCGCUAUAUCGAGCUCAGAAAAAGGCGUAAAAAUACGUCUAGCUUCGGGAGCUAUAGGAUUUUGGGUACUACCCGACAUUAAAAUUAAAGCUUGCAUGGGUACCGAAGAUGAAUCAUCUCACAAAAACGAGAUGAAAAGAACUCCCGAUCGCCUAAUAAGUCCAGAGGUCAAAGAGGAAAAUGAAUUGGAUGACGACGAGGGAAUUUUAAAUUCGACAAGCAUAAUUUCUCUCGAAGAAGCUAAACAAUUGCCGAGAUUUCAGCAGAGGCGAUCAGCCAUACGGCGUAAUAUGAAACAAAGAGAACUGGAAAAAGAAAAAGUAGAUAAGGUUUUGCGGCGAAGAGAUUAUCAAAUUCCAAAUUUAAAGAGUGGUAUCAAGCGAGCAACUGAUGAUGGCAGCGACGAAGUAGAUGAAAGUUUGGAAAAAGACGUAGAAGGCAUGGACUCCGGAGAAGUUAUUCGAGCCAAGCUUCACAAGUACAAAAAACGUUUGAUGGAGCACGAGGAGAGAAAAAGGCAGCGCGAGCUAGAGAAUUUAUCGAAAAAACGCAGCAGCGAGAAGCAAGAAAAAGCCCAGGGCAUGGACACGGAGAAAGUGAUCGAAGCUUUGACAUUGAUAUCCAAAGUAGAGAAUGCAAUGAAGAGUCUUGAGAAGGAAGCGGGCAGAAGUUACGAGCUCGCCACCCCCGUUGCUGCUGCCGCUCCAACUAGUUCGAAACUAAACUCCAAAGGUCAAGAUUUGCUGCUAGAGGAAGUACUCAAUACCGAGAAAGCCAAGAGAACCAGCGUACCAGCGCAAAUCGAGGAACAGCUCAAAGCCCUUUACCGAUUACUCUCCGACGAAAAUGAAGAUUCACAGCGUAAAAGACGAAACCUCGAUGAAGCUUACAAUCCGUCGAACGAUCAAUACGUGUAUCAAUACGCCAAUCCGUAUCCUGGGCCUGUCUCGAAGUACGAGCAAGCAAAGGAGAGAUUUUUGGAACGGCGCGAGGAAAGACGACAGCGCUUUCGCGAGAGGCAAGAGAUGAGGCGAGCGUCAAAGGAGCCCAAUUCCAAGAAAGAAUCGUCGAUCGAUGGCGUCACUUACGUUUAUCCGUCGCAAGUGCAGCAGCAGCAACAGCAGCCGAGCUUGGCUUACGCGUCGCAGUCUAUGCCGGCUUACAGCCCGGCUUAUAAUUAUCCGGCAGUCGAUCCCAAUCAUCCGCAGUACGCUCAAUCGCAGCAAACGAGGACGUUUUGGAAGAGAGAAAAUGCAAAUGCCGCUGCGAUCGCGCCGCAAGAAAUUAGCGAUAAUUCGAGAGGACUAAAGUCAGAUAAUCCAGUUGUUGAUGCAAACAAGAAUGGGACGAAAGAAAAAGCAUUGGUUAAACUUAUCAAGUAUUACGAGAAGCCUCCACAAGAAAGGCAAUAUGAUUUGACUGAAUUGAAAUCUCAGCCGCAAGCACAAUAUCAACCCCAAAUCGUGUACCCUCAAACAGCGCCACUUGAUCAGUCAGGCAAAACACAAGAAUAUAAGCCAACCAGCGUUGCCCCAAACAUCCAAACCGAGCAGCCCGCUACAACCACGAGUGAUCGAUCGAAACGACACAUCGCUGCUAUUGAAGAACUAUUAAAUAAAGAAAUGCUAUCGGAAGAUACAAACAACAGCCAAGAUUGUCAAUGUCGGGUGAUUCGGGGAAGCGAAAAUUGCAAAGAGUGCAAUAAUGACCCAAGAUUUAGUUUUCGACAUCCUUUGCCUCAGUUCGAUAGUAUGGAAUCACAUUAUUAUCGAAAUCCAUUUCAAAGGGGUCGCUUUAAAAGACAGAUUAUGAACCCCUACGCGAUCCCGUAUUAUACCGAUGGAUUUGGCGCAGAUAUGAUCGAACCGGAAGCUGUGUACAGUAUUCAAGAUCCCGUAGAAAACAGUGAAAUUUCGCAAAAUGUGCCUGCGGUCGAGAGCGACGAUUGCGAUUCAAACGAGGCAUCCGAAGUCAUGGAUUACGCCGUUUCUCCGCAAAACCCAUUUUCUCCGACGCCGACGCACGAAACUCAAGCCGACAUUGCUCCGCCCAAAGCAAUAGAAUCAGAGCAGAAGUUUUUUCUUGAAUCCGCCCAAGAGUCAAUCGACGCAGACAAAGAAAAAGAGGUUUCUAAUACCGAUAUUGCCACCCCGAAGCCUAGCGAUGGCUUUGAACGCCCAAACGCGACUUUUGACGAACACAGUAAAAUUACUGAACCCGAUAAUGUUAAGGUGGAUCAAAUUCAAACAACAGAAGCUCAAUUUGUUGCUCCAGACGCGAUUGAACAGAGCUCUGUUAAAAUCGAAAGUUCUACAGCCGAAAAUUCGCCUCAAGCGCUCGACAAGUCAGACGUCUACGCAACUACCAUUGCAGUGGAGGAAACUCAGAAAGAUGACGUUGAUACUAAAAAUAAAACUGCAAAUGUUACAGAAAACCCUACAACAGAAAAAAAACUUACGAAAAAAGAAAGUAAAUUGACCACCGCUCUUGGCCUGAAAACUCCUGUACAAAAAUUGAUGAAUGCUGAGCUAAAAGCAACAUCGUUGAAGCAAAAGCCUGGCGACACUUUGUCAAAAAACAGCUCGUCGAAACCAGCCGAUUUCGUAAAGACAGCUUCGGGAAAGGUGAGUGUACGAUCCGAAGCAUUAGCUGCACUAGCCAAAGAAAAUGAAAACAAGAGGCAAAAAAAAAUGAUCGAGAGAUCCAUGAGGGCGAUAGAUAUUGAAAGAGCAAAACUUGAAGAAUUUCAAAAGAAACGUCACGAUCAAUUGGAACGAUUAAAAAUCAAAUUGAGAGCAAAGCGUGACAAAAUGUUGCAGCAAUACAAAGAAAAGCUCAUUGAAGCUAUAAUAGAAAAUUCUGAUUUCGAGGAUCACAAACUUCAACGACGAGCCACCGAUGAAUAUGAUUCAGACAGAAAGGCAAUCGAACGACUCAAAGAUAUGUCAUUCAUGAAGUACAAACCUACGCAAUAUUCAGAUCUCGAAGAUGAUUCCGAUGAGAUAGACUUUUAUAUUAGCUCCUUAGAUAAAGUCAAGCCUCGAAAAAAACAUUUUCCAGAAACCCUGCAGGAAACCUAUGCCGAUGAAUUCGAGCAAAAGGAACAAUUAAUUGUCGAUGGGGAUAGUGAACUAUCACUUGAAAUCCCCUAUGAAGAACAAGAUUUUAACUCACGAUAUUUGACACAAGCUGAUCAAAAUCAAGAACUGCAAAAUGAUGAUACCAAUCAUGAUGAAAUUCGAAAAUCUAAGUUAAUUAAAAGAUCUCAUCAUGACAUGCCAGAAUAUGCUGGAUCCGAGUCAUUUGAUUCGCCAAAAACACAAUUUUAUAGAUACGAUGAAGAUACAGCUCGAUAUAAACGAGAAGCAUCCCAAGAUGUGAAAACUGACAGUCCAUUAGCAUUUGACUUGGGCUUUGGCAAUUCUAAAAUUACUCGAAGAAAAGUCGAUAAUACUUUAACUCAUAAGAUUCAUAGCAGAAAAAAACGGAGUACAGAUCAACAAUUUAAUUCUGAAGUUACAAAUAUUCAUAAUAAGUCAUAUCCAAAUAAAAAUAUUAAAAAAGUAUAUAAAAACCAUAUUAAUUCUGGUAAAAAUGAAAAAUUAGCCAAACUCAAGUCAAAACAAUUAUUCAAUAUCUAUUCAAAGAGACUAAAGAGAUCGGUUGAAACAAUCGAAAAUGAAAAUCACUCGAAUUCUGUAGGAAAUUCGAUAGGUCGUUCUAAUGAUUUGGAAUUAAAUGCCAUUUGGCAGAAUAUUAUGGAAUUGCAGAGAGAUGAAGAUUUAAUUCGUGAAUAUGACAAUCAAACAAAUGAUGCCGAGAAAAAACAACUCAAAAAUUUGUCUGAUAUUGAAGAAUCGACUACAGUAAAACCUUCUAAUCCAACUUCGCAAGCCAAUAUAGAAUCUCUUUUAGUAGAUUCAAUACCUAAAAUACAAACUGUUAUAAAUAGCGAAUUGAAAAAAGCAAAAAAUAUUACUGGUUCUUUUGAAAGUUUCAUUGAAAAUUUUGAUGAAGCCAUAGAAAACUCUGAGCAGACCACUUCUGAUUUAAAUAAACAAGACUUUGAAAACAGUUACAUAAAUCAAAAGGUCUUUCAAUUUAUGACUGUCGGAAUAAAAAAGUUUUUUGACUUUCUUCAAAACUUUACACAAGUUGUAACACAAAAAUAAAAUAAUACUUUUUAUCCUAUAUAUUAGAAAAUUUUAGGUUAAAAUUUUAUACCUCA